CUGUUCGCUCUGCAGACGGGAGCCGUCGGAUCUCGAAGCGCUGGACUUCCGUCGGCCAUCCCUAAGAUUGCACUAUUCUGCAUGCUAAUCGUCCUUGGCUUAAGUCAUUGUGAUGAACUUCCGUCAAGUAUUGAAGUCGAGAGCUCGGUCAAUCGCACAAUCGACGAAGUUGAGAGAUUAAUUCGCUCGAAUUCGAGUUUACCACAUCUCAGUAGACGUGAGAUCGUCGACAUCCUCUUUAAUAUCACGUCCAAAAAUCUUGAGGUCUAUAAAAAUAAAGAGACAAUCGAGGAAGCAAGAAAAAUUUAUCAAAGAGCAUUGAUGGUGGUCUUGCCGUUCAACGCAGAAGACGCGAAAGAAAAUUUAACGGAUUUGUACACCAGACCGCCGAUAAUUCGAGUAAUCGCAGAUCCGUCUUCAGUCUCGAAAAAUCUGCAAGAAUGGAGUAACAAGCAACUCACAAGCACAUCCACCACGCAAAAAACGCAACAUGAUGAGGAAUCACUUGAAAAUCUAGUGGUGACGCACGCUUCGGAAAAAGCGACAUCGAAAGAAACUCCAUCCGCAAAAACGCAGUAUAAAAAUCACAGAGAAACAUACUCGGAAGUGAGUACCAAGACGCCACUGAAGUUCGAUUCUGCUCCGAUAAAGUUCAGCUUCAACUUGGAAAACCUGCAAAAACAACAAACUACCGAAAGAUCAACAACAACAAGACGACCGGUAUUUCGUGGCACUCCGUCGACUAAAGACGAAAAUGUUUUUAUAGUAUACAGCACAAGUGCAGCGGGUGCACGAACCACGGAGACAAGUCCCAAAGAUAUCUUGAAGAUAUCAACCUCUCGGCCUUUCAAGCAGGAAACUGUUUUGUCUGCUAAUCAAUGGCGCUACAAUGCACCAACAAGCAGCACGACAACGAAAAUUCCGGAUUUGACCUUCAAAAAAAUUCACAAUAAACAAUCUUUCUCUCCGAUCUCAAAAGAUGUUACGACGCCAACAAUAAUUAGUAAAACAAAAGACGUCACAGAAAUCUCAAAGAUAACAUCUACAAAGAUAAAAGAUGCUGAGCAGUCAACUGCUAUAUACGUAACACCAACGACCACUCCUUCUUCUUCUUUUUCUUCGGAGAAACCAAAGUAUAAUUUCACUUAUAAUUUGAACUCUGGAGGAUUUCGCAGAAUUACGACGACUCCACCUUCGACAACGACAACGACAACGACGACGAUGCGUCCGGAACUAAUGGAUCUGCUCGCCUCAAUUGGGUUACGACCGGAAAAUGCCAAUAACGUGGAAGAAGUGUUUGAAAAGAGCAAGGAAAGUUUCGAGAACUCUCAGAUUGCUAACAACGGCUUCGUCUAUCCGACUUCCGGUUUAACGUCUGUGAUGCCUGAUUUACCAUCGAUAACAUCUCAGAACACUUUUGAAAAUCCAAUUGUUUCAGAAAUCGGAAAAGGAAUCAAUAAUCUUACACCCGAUGUGCAAUUGCUGUUUCAACGAUUUGGUCUUCAGACGUCCAAUCCGACAACAACUACUACAUCCACAACGUCAAAACCGACUGCGAAGACAAAUUCUUAUACCAACUUCAAGGCCUUGCCAACUUUAGGCAAGGUCAGAGAUCCCAAUAUGAAAGAUUUCUUAGCGCAGUUCGGACUUGGAGUCGGCGAUAACAGACAGAAGAAAGCCAUGCCAUUGUCAACGGAACGACCGUCGUUGAUCGAGGCCGUUCCAAGUAACAUGAGACAGAUUCUGGAGAAUGUAGGUCUCAUCUCUCGUCGUAAAGUACCAAAGACGACGCCAAAGCUGGAGGAUACAGAACCGACGGAGUCGACUAGAUUUCACGUGUUCAAACCUCACGAAGUUGAAGUGAAAGAUGAGAGACAAAAGAUGAAGAUCAACGAGCUCUUGGACAUGAUCAAGUUCGUCCAAGAGGGCAAAGCAAACGCGACGGAUGUGCGAAAAGCGGUUAAUGGUCUGAUGGAGAGUGCGAAAACUCUAAAAGACGGACCUGAUCCUUUGAAGUUAGAAGAGAUCGUCAAGAUGUAUAACGAAGACACGCUCAAAAACGAAGUAAAGAGACAAAAUCAGGACGAAGCAGUCGAGGUUACCACGAAUAGCGAUCAGGAUGUCGCAAACAUUACGCCGACUGCAGCAACAUCUAUUUCUACCGCGUCUGUAGACAUUUCCUCGGAAACAUCGACGACCAUAACGACGGUAUCCCCAACGACUUCAGAUUCCGCGAAGGACGGCUCCGGCUUCCUGAACGCAUUGACGACAGCUCCAGAAUCGUCGACGUCCGCAAAUCUCGCGGCAUUGGAGGAAUCUUUCGGUGGUUCCACCAGUGCGCCGGAUCCCGUUUUGCCAACAAAACGAAGAAGCGGUUUAUAUUUUUUAGUAGACUGGAAUACAUUUCUCGAAGUUGGCGAGGAGGGUAAUGAAAAAAUAAAUUUGAGAUUCCAACCAAAAGUUGGAGACAGAUCGAGAUUUCUACCAGUCAACGUGCCGUAAUUUAUAACACAUGUAUUUAUAAUAUUUGUGUCAGUAUUUUAA